AUGACAAGCAAACUCUCCCCUCCCCCAGGGCACAAGGCAAUCCUCGUCUUCGGCUGCCAAUGUCUCACCUUCUCGGCGGAGGACUUUCUCGCCCUGCGCGAGACUAUCCUCUCCUCGCCACACUACGCCUGGGCUCUUGACGUUCUGGCUGAAUUGCCUGUCUACUACCGCACUGCUACCCAGUAUCUCCCUAAUCUCACCACCAUCCCUGGUGAGCCUCAGCUCCGCUCGUUACACGAAUGGUUCCGCACCGGCGAUAUUGAGGGAGAGACCUUCCCUCCGCCGUACAUCCAGCUGGCGCCGCUGCUGAUGCUGACGCACUUCACGCAGUAUGAGCAGUAUCUGUGUCUGAGCAAGGCGUAUAGCGAGGAGGGGAGGAUCCAUGCCGAGGAGAGUGAGAUUGGGGAGAUUGUCGGGUUCUGUAUUGGGUUCUUGAGUGCGGCCGUGGCGUCGGCGGCGGAGAGUAGAGAGAAACUGGCUGAGUAUGCCAGUGUUGCGGUGAGGUUGGCCAUGCUGUUAGGGGCCAUUGGGGAUGCGAUGGAGGUGCAGGAAGAGUGGACUUCGUUGGCGACGGUCUGGAAGGGGGAUAUGGAGGGAGCUUUAGGGGAGGUGCUCAAGGGGUUUCCUGAAGCUUAUAUCACCGUCCGCUACGACGACAACCGCGCCACCAUCAUGACGCCUCGCCGCACCCUAUUCCAGCUGCACGAUGCCCUCCAGUCCGCCAGCUUCGGAUGCAGUCAAGUCGACUUCAACGGACGAUACCACUGGUCCGGACACCACGACGCCGUGCAGUCUCUACUCUCCAUGUGCUCUACCGACGCAUCGCUCCAGCUCCCCGACGCAUCGCAGCUCAUCCGUCCCACGCGUGCCAACACCGGCGGACAACACGUCCUCUCCGGCCCUUUAACCACCCUCGUCAUCGAAUCCAUCCUCCAGCAGCAAUGCAACUGGCUGCACACCUUCUCCUCCGUCUACACCACCCAGCUGCAAGACACCUCCUCCAUCGUCGUCGAAUUCGGCCAGGAACGCUGCAUCCCACCCACCUUCAUGCGCAGCCUCCGCAACCGCAUCAUCCACUUCUCCGACCUCAACCUGGACCUCACCUCUCGCCUCUCCCCCCUGCACCCCUCGCCCAAGUCCUACUCAUCCGAUAUCGCCGUCAUCGGCAUGUCCUGCCGCGUCGCCGGCGCCGACUCCCUGCCUGAAUUCUGGUCCCUGCUCUGCUCCGGGCUCUCCCAGCACUCCAUCCUCCCAGAAGCCCGAUACAAGGACUUCGAAACCCCAUGGCGCCCCGACGCCCAGCGUCCCUGGUUCGGGAACUUCGUGCGCGACAUCGACGCCUUCGACCAUAAAUUCUUCAAGAAGGUCCCCCGCGAAGCCAUGUCGCAGGAUCCCCAGCAGAGACUCAUUCUGCAGGUCGCGUACCAGGCGCUCGAGCAGGCUGGGUACUUCCAUGACACGAACCCGGAUCGGAAUAUUGGGUGCUAUGUGGCGUGUUGUACCGUUGACUAUGAACAUAAUGUCAACUGUCAUCCUGCGACGGCGUAUGCGGCCACCGGGUUACUGAGGAGCUUUAUGGCAGGGAAGUUGAGUCAUUAUUUCGGGUGGAGAGGGCCUGCGUUCUGUGUUGAUAGUGCGUGUUCUGGGUCGGCGGUGGCGCUGCAUCAGGCGUGUCAGGCUGUGUUGAAGGGUGAGUGUCGAGCGGCGCUGGUCGGCGGGGCCAACGCGAUCAUGAGCCCCCUGGCGUUUGAUAAUCUGGCGGGGGCGUCGUUCGUCUCUCCCACAGGGCCGUGUAAGCCGUUUGAUGCGAAGGCGGACGGGUACUGUCGAGGGGAGGGCUUCGCGGCGGUGUAUAUCAAGAAGAUGAGCGAUGCGGUGGCGGACGGGGAUCCGAUCUUGGGCACGAUUGCCGCCACGGCUGUCGAGCAGAAUAACAACGUCACCCCGAUUGUGGUGCCCGAUGCGGCGUCGUUGGCCGGGUUGCUUGAGAAGGUGACGCGCAGGGCGAGGGUCUGUCCGCGCGAUAUCUCGGUCGUCGAGGCGCAUGGGACUGGCACGCAGGCGGGCGAUCCGGCGGAGUAUGCGAGUGUGAGGCAAACGCUGGGAGGGCCGCAGAGGGAGGAACCGUUGGCGUUGGGGUCGGUCAAGGGCCUCGUGGGUCAUACCGAGGGGGUGUCUGGGUUGAUUGCCCUGGUGAAGGUGCUCUUGAUGAUUCAUGAGGGCAUGAUUCCGCCGCAGCCGAACUUUGAGACGCUGAACCCGCAUAUUCAGGCGCGGGAGGACGAUCGUAUUGAGAUCGUGAGGGAACUGAAGCCGUGGACGGUGGGGUUUAGGGCUGCGUUAAUCAAUAAUUAUGGCGCGUCGGGGUCGAAUGCGUCGAUGGUUUUGACUCAGGCUCCGGGGAGAGAUGAUGGCUCUUCUGCAAUCCAUGAGGAUGGACUGUCGUUGCCAGUGAGACUGUGCGGGUUUGACGAGAACCGCGUCAGAGACUAUGCUGAGAAACUGCUUCACUUUCUGCGUCAGCGGGCUUCCGAUCAGCUGUCCUUGGCUACUGUGGCGUUUAAUCUCUCUCGACAGACGAAUCCGACGUUGGACCGACACGCCUUGUUCAGCUGUCGGUCUCUGGAUGAGCUGCAGACGAAGCUGGAGGAAAUCGUCCAAGGCAAUGAAGCGCAUUUCAUCCGAGCCAAGAAGCCUCGUCCGGUGAUUCUCUGCUUUGGCGGACAGGUAUCGACGUCUGUGGGCCUGGAUCAGACUGUGUAUGACACGAUGCCACUGCUGCGUCGGCAUCUGGACGAAUGCGACUCGCUCCUGGUGGAAAUGGGGUAUGAGAGCAUAUACCCUGGCAUUUUCUCUCGUGCCCCAAUUGCCGAUCAAGUGCAGUUGCAGACGCAGCUCUUCUCGCUGCAGUACUCGUGCGCCAAAUCUUGGAUGGACUGUGGAUUGGCGGUCACUGCGGUCGUCGGACACAGCUUUGGCGAGCUGACUGCACUGUGCAUCUCUGGUGUUUUGUCUUUGGAUGAUGCACUGCGUCUGAUUGCCCGUCGAGCAGCCGUUAUUCGUGACAAUUGGGGCCCUGAUAGCGGUGCCAUGAUCGCCGUUGAGGGAGAUCAAGCAGACAUCCACCGUCUACUGGAGGAAGCCCAUCAAGCAGAUCCUGACAGCACUCCUGCAACAAUAGCAUGCUAUAAUGGCCCCCGAAGCUUCACAUUAGCCGGUCCCACGGCGUCUAUUGACCUGGUCCAGCAGACUCUCCGCCAGCAUGCUCAUAUCAGAGCCAAGAGGUUGACCGUCACCAAUGCGUUCCACUCGAGCCUCGUGGGUUCUUUGAUUCCCGCUCUGGAGAAGGUCACAGAUGGUCUGAAGCUAGUUGAACCCGCUAUCCAUCUCGAACGUGCAACGGAAAGUGCAGUCACAGGUGUCCCGAUGAGCAUCGUGUCUGAUCAUCUGCAUCGCCCGGUAUACUUCCACCACGCAGUGCAGCGUCUGGCAGAGAAAUACCCAUCCUGCGUAUGGCUUGAAGCUGGAUCGAAUUCCACUAUAACGUCUAUGGCCAACAAGGCUCUCUCCAUGCCUGACCACCACUUCCAGUCCGUCAAUAUCACCAACUCCACCGGCAUCCAGAACCUCACCGACACAACCAUCGCCCUCUGGAGAGAAGGAAUUCAUCUACGCUUCUGGGGCUACCAUCCCAUCCAAACGCCAGAAUACACACCCCUGCUUCUCCCACCGUAUCAGUUCGAGAAAUCCCGACACUGGAUGGACAACAAACCACUUCCCGCCUCUAUCCCAACUCCUAGUCCUCAGCAAAACCUCUUCACCUUCCUCGGCUACCAAGACAAAGCCCAACUCAUCGCCAAAUUCCAAAUCAACACCUCCCAACCCAACUACAUCGACCCUGUCUCCGGCCACAUCGUCGCCUCGACCGCCCCUCUCGCCCCGGCCUCCUUCCUCCUCGACAUCGUCAUCGAAGCCCUACACACUCUCCCCGAAGCGGCCUCCAAAAUCCCCCAAGUCCACACCGUCACCAGCGACGCCCCCCUCUGCCUCGACCCAUCGCGCACCCUCUGGAUCGAGCUCCACGCCAUAGACAGCACCAAACAAACCUGGCACAUCAAAUUCCUCAGCGAGAACCCUGCAAAGGGCGCCCGCUCCCAAAUGAUGCACUGCUCCGCCCGUAUCGUCCUCUUCCCCCCGUCCUCCCCAGACCUCGCAGCCCAAUUCGCCCGCUACACCCGUCUCAUCAGCCACGCCCACUGCCGCGACCUCCUCGUCGACCCUCACGUCGACGACAUCCUGCAAGGUCGCACCAUCUACCGCGCCUUCUCCGAGGUCGUCACCUACUCCCCGCCCUACCGGGGGGUCACCAAACUCGUCGGCAAAGGCACCCACUCCGCCGGCCGCGUCGUUAAGAAAUACACCGGCGCCACCUGGGCAGACCCUUACCUGUGUGACUCGUUCAGCCAGGUCGGUGGCUUCUGGGUGAACUGCAUGACGGACCGCGCGGGGGAGGAUAUUUACAUCGCGAGCGGCAUGGAGAUGUGGAUGCGGUGUCCGGAGUAUGGAGAUAAGGAGGCGGCGAGGCCCGAGGAGUGGGAUGUACUGGCGAUGCAUCGGCAAGAGGACGGGUUUUAUAUUAGUGAUGUGUUUGUGUUUGAGCCGAGUGGGCGCUUGGUGGAGGUGUUCUUAGGGUUGCAGUAUUCGAGGAUUGCGAAGAAGGCGUUUGUUAAGAUUUUGAGGAGUUUGGCGCCGGGGGCUGCUUCUGCUGCUCCGGGCGAGUGUGAGGAAGGGGAGAAGGGGGAGAAGGUGAGUGCAAAGGGGGAGGCUGUGAUGGAGAAGAAAGAGACGAAGAGUAAGAAGGAGAAGCAUAGCGUGAGUAUCUCCAGCCGCGUUAAGGCUGUGGUCGCCGAGUUCUGCGCCAUGGAUCCCAGCGAGAUCCACGACGACGGCCACAUGGCUGAUGCCGGGGUCGACUCGCUCAUGGCGAUGGAGCUGGCGCGCGAGAUGGAGGAGGCGUUUGGGUGCACGCUGCCGGCGACGGAUCUCAUGGAAGCAGAGACGUUCCGGGAUAUGGUCAAGUGCGUGCAGACGGCGUUGGGGGUGGAAGAUGACGACGAUAGCACGACGGAGGAGGAAGAGCAUUCUGAUAAAGUGAUCGAUACGCCGUCAGAGUCGGUGACGAGCAUUGUCUCCGACAUGCCGGAGCUGUGUCUUUCGCAGGAUGCGGUUCUGGAAGCUUUCGGCGAGGUCAAGGCAUUGACGGACCAGUUCCUAGCUGAGAAUCAGUGCAGUGGACGUGUCCAUGCGUUUGCACCGCUACAGAUCCAGCUCUGCGUGACGCUGACCCUCGAGGCGUUCGAGGAACUGGGAGAUACGAUCCGUAAGGCUCAGCCGGGUGAACGUCUCACUCGCAUUUCAUUCGACCCUCAGCACCAGGAACUCGUCGACUAUCUGUACAAACGCCUCGAAGAAGCCCGACUAAUCGACCUCGACGGAUCGACCAUCAUCCGCACCGCCAUCGCCGCGCCAAUGCGCUCCAGCACCGCAAUCCUCGAGGAGGUAUCCCGCGUCUACCCCGAAUACGCCGGCGCCAGCAAACUCUCCUUCUUCACCGGCAGCCACCUGGCCAACGUGCUCCGCGGCGAACAAGACGGGCUGCAGCUGAUAUUCGGCACGAAAGAAGGCCAAGACCUCGUCUCCUGGAUGUACGGCGACGAACCGCACAACGUCUCCGGCUACAAGCAAAUGCUCUCCGUCAUCCAGCGCCUUGCGCCCUCCAUUCCCACUACCUCCGGCCCCCUCAAGAUCCUCGAAAUGGGCGCCGGAACCGGCGGCGGCACGAAAUGGUUCCUCCCGGGUCUCGCAGCCCUCAACAUCCCCAUCGAAUACACCUUCACCGACAUCUCAGCCGGCUUCGUCGCGCAAGCCCGCCGCCGCUUCAAAGACUACCCGUUCGUGCAGUACCGCGUGCAUGAUAUCGAAAAGGCCCCGGCGAAUGACCUCCUCGGCACGCAACACAUCAUCAUCGCGAGUAACGCCGUUCACGCGACGUCGAACCUGCAGCAGUCGACCCGGCACAUCCGGCAGGCUCUGCGAGAUGACGGCGUGCUGAUGAUGCUGGAGAUGACGAGGCCCGUGUUUGCGAUUGAUAUCGUGUUCGGGCUGUUCCGCGGCUGGUGGGUGUUUAAUGAUGGGAGGUGUCAUGCGAUUACGAACGAGGCGCGGUGGGAGGAGGAUCUGCAUAAGGUCGGCUAUGGACAUGUCGAUUGGACGGAUGGGUAUUCGCCUGAGGUUAGUGUGCAGAGGGUGAUCUUUGCGACGGCGUCGGGGGAGCAGCAGCAGAGGUUGCCGUUGGGGAAGCCGACUUCGCCGGUGGUGAGCGUGGAUAAUGCGGCGAGGAAGAAGGCCACGGAGGAAUAUAUUCGACGCGCUGCUGAGGGGUUUGAAGUCCCGAUGAGGACUACUGCUGCUAUCAAGGACGACGACUACGGCGUGCUGGUGACUGGCGCAACUGGGAGUUUGGGCUGUCAUGUUGUAGCCCGCCUGGUUCGAGACCCUGCCGUCAAGACGGUGAUUUGUCUGAACCGCCAGUCCAAAGACGACGCAUUUGACCGACAGAUGCAGUCCUUCGUGAAUCGGGAACUCGACCUGACCGCACAAGAGCUCUCCAAACUGCAAAUCAUCGAGACCAACACCGCCGAACCCAACCUCGGCCUCUCCAGCACCCAAUUCCACGACCUCACCCGCACAACCACACACAUCAUCCACAACGCCUGGCCCAUGAACGGCAUCAGCAGACUCUCCUCCUUCGAGCCCCAAUUCCAAGCCAUGCGCAACCUGAUCGAACUCGCCCGCGAGGCCUCAACCCUCCGCACGCACCCCAUCCGCUUCCAACUCAUCUCCUCCAUUGGCACCGUCGGCCAUCGGCCCCUCCUCACCGACACCCCCAUCGUCCCUGAAGAACGGACCCAAAUCGAAUGGGUCCUCCCCAACGGCUACGGCGAAGCCAAAUACAUCUGCGAACGCAUCCUCGAGUCAACCCUCCACCAACACCCAUCCCAUUUCGAAGCUAUGAUCCUUCGCCCCGGCCAAAUCGCCGGCUCCAGCGCCUCCGGAUAUUGGAAUCCAUCCGAGCACCUCCCCGCAAUCAUCAAGUCCUCUCAGACCCUCAAACUCCUUCCGGACUUCCAAGGCGUGGUCUCCUGGACCCCCGUUGACGCUGUCGCGAGCACAAUCGUCGACUUACUUCUAUCCCCCGAAACACCGCACUUUAUAUACCACAUCGACAACCCCGUCCGCCAGCCCUGGAAGGAAAUGAUCACCCUGUUAGCUGACGAGCUGAAUGUCCCCAGGAGUAACAUCGUCCCGUUCGCGGAAUGGAUUCAGCGCGUGAAGUCGUUUUCGGGUACCGUGGAUGAUAAUCCGGCUGUAAGGGGGGCCGAUUGGUUAGAAGAGAACUUUGAGCGCAUGUCGUGUGGAGGGUUGCUUUUAGAUACGGCCAGGGCGAGGGAGCAUUCGAGGACGUUGGCGGGUGUUGGGGCUGUAGGGGAAGAUGUGACGAGGGGGUAUGUGAGGUGGUGGAGGGAGAGGGGGGUUUUGGUUUAG